AAUGUGGUCACCGGGGCACAUUGCCAGUCUCUGAUGGUGGUAUUACUCCUGUGGAGUAUCACUUAUUUUCUUUGUCGGAGACUGAGUUUGUCUCUUCCUGUGAAAGCGAUAGCAACACGAAAGAGGUAAACCUAAAAAGAAGCAGGGAAUCCAAAUCCACAGUGUGAGAGACAGAUGCAACCAUCCAUCCGUGGUGGACCGGAUAUGGAGUUUUAGCGUCUUCCAUCCGAUUCUUCUACGACCGCUAGUUGAGAGUUGUUGAGCAGCAGCAGCACUAGCAGCAUUGACAUUUUUGCUAGGCGGAGUAAAGAGGCAGUCAAGGGUGGAUUUGGGAGCUUUGUCAGUGGGAGGAUGAGCAAGGACGCCCAUUUCCAUAAGUGUAAACAUGGCAUUUGGAGGCCUGUCAAGGAGGAAUUCACCUUCCAACAAAAUUCAGUUCCUUUUAACAGCUGCCAUGCUUCCACCAUCGUUGAGGUUGAAAAAGAUCAUCUUCUAGUUGCCUACUUUGGAGGUAGUUCAGAGGGUGCACCUGAUGUCAAGAUUUGGUUACAGAGAUACAAGGAUGGUUGCUGGCAUGACCCUGAGGCAGUUGAUGAAGAACCUGGUGUUCCAAUGUGGAAUCCAGUUUUAUUUAAGCUUCCUUCCAAUGAGUUGCUCCUUUUCUACAAAAUUGGCCAAGAGGUCCAAAAGUGGAGUGGAUGUAUGAAACGGUCAUUUGAUGGUGGUAUAACUUGGUCAGAUAGAGAACAACUUCCGCCUGGUAUAUUAGGACCAAUAAAGAAUAAGCCUAUCUUGCUGAAUAAUGGCCACCUGCUUUGCGGGUCAUCUGUAGAAAGCUGGAAUUCUUGGGGUGCAUGGAUGGAGGUUACAACAGAUUCUGGACAUUCAUGGAAGAAGUAUGGGCCGAUAUACGUCCAAGAUGAACCUUUGAGUGUGAUUCAACCUGUUCCUUACCAGACUGCGAACGGGACACUUCGCAUUCUAUUGCGAUCAGUUGAAGCUAUAGGCAGAAUUUGUAUGUCAGAAUCCCUCGAUGGGGGGUUGAGCUGGAGUUAUGCAGAGCCUACAGAGCUUCCUAACCCAAAUUCAGGCAUCGAUGGAGUUAAGCUCAAUGAUGGCCAUCUCCUACUUGCGUACAACACAAUUUCAAGAGGAGUGCUCAAAGUGGCUCAUUCAGCAGAUGAUGGUGAUACUUGGUGCAACAUAAUGACAGUGGAGAAUAAUUUGGACAUGGAAUUUUCAUAUCCUGCUGUGAUCCAGAGCAGUGAUGGAUUUGUCCACAUCACAUAUACCUAUAACAGGACCCAGAUAAAGCAUGUUGUACUCCAACCCAAAAAAUGUUGUGAGUGCCCUAGCUGCUGAAACUGUAUGUGGUAAAGAAGCCAAAUUUCCAACUGGACCCUGUCAGAGAGCAAAACUUUACAGGUUGAAAUCACAUCCUUCCAGCAGGACUCACUGAAAUGAAGCAGAUUCCAACCUUUGAGAAAUAAAUGGAUAUCAUUUCCAGUGACUUUAUCAAUCCAGGGAUUGAUUGGAUUUUAGCAAAUGGCUUUUCAAUCAAUAGAAAUCUUCAUGUACAUACAGACUUAUCACAUGUUAAAGACUCUUGACUUGGACCUAGUUCUGCUCAUUGGUAGGACAUUAAAGAUCUCUCUCUCUCUCUCUCUCUCUCUCUCUCUCUGCAUGGUGUUAAUUGCUUUCAAUAAAGUUUCCUGACGAGAU